CUGGUGAAGUGCGUUUUCAACAUACACUGGAUUGUAUAUGACCAGUUGGAAAUACCCAGUAACUUUGCGAUGGCUUCUUUAAAUGAUCAUAUUACUUAAUUGCAAUGUCCAUAUGCAAUAUGUGAAAUUAACAUCUGCAAUGUUACGGAUAGAGACAUGUUUUAAAGACUAAGGCUCACGGUGUUUGAUCAAAGAUGGCCACCACAACAGGGCUACUCACUGUUUGUUUCGAGCCAACUAGGCCUAGACCAGAAGGAGAUCGUGAUAGACGUUUGCGACUCGCAGGUCUUAUGGAGAAGCUGCGUGGCCGAACAUUGCAACAAAAAUCAAACAUCAAGGCAUUGCGAGGAGCCAUCACUGACAAGUGGCAUGUUCCUGAUGCUGUUGACAAACAACACUUGCAGCGAUGUUUGGAGUCACUUCAGAAGGCCAUGAAAGUUAUCAGCCAGCAGUCUCUGGUCGAGAGGCUGGAAAUGAUAGCUCGACAGUUGGGUUUGGAAUGUAGCAGCCAGGCUGGCCCUGAGCAGAACGUCUUGAUAACCGCUGAGAUGUUCCACGUCGCCAUCAUCUUCGACAAGGGAGCUGGGGUUAAAGAUGUCAAGAUCGUUCACGGCAGUGAUGCUGUGAGCUGUCCUGAGUUAACUGAUGUUUUGAUUCGCAGGGAUUUCUCUGGAUUCAUUGCUCAUCUGGAAGGCUUACAGCAUAUUUAUCAGAUCAGUGGUGAUAAGAAAUUAAAAACGAAAGCAUUUUUCGCCUUACAGUCCCUAGAAAAAGAUCUCAACCAGCUAGCCCAGUUACAAAGUUCUAUCAGUGGUGUUGGAAAAUAUAUUCAUAAAUCUCCACUUGGUAUUCUUUUACCAAGAAAAGGUGGCUUACCAAUGAAGCUGAUUUACUUUGUGUCACCCUAUGACUUGCUGGAUAAAUCAACAAAGACAGCGCAUCCUAUGACAGUUGAAGCCAUUACAGACAAUUCUCUUGGACAGAGUGUGACAGUGUGUCUGGAGUCAGGUUCCAGUAAUAAACUACAGACAAUGCCUCUUAUGACAGUCAUUAAUAAAGAUGGGAAAAGCUUGCCAAAUUUUGUAGGUCUGAGUUCUGUGAACAGCCACAUCUUUCCAGCUAGUUUUGUUUUGGUGCUACCUCAACCAGUCCCUGUUGCCAUGUCAACAAUACAAAAGAUUCAAAGUGUAACUAGUCUUGAAAUUCCAAAAGGAAAUGACCCCAAACCGCUACUAUCUCUCAUACUUGAAACAUUCUCUAGUGGUAAAAUAUUUAAUGAGAAACAGCUCUUUGUGUCAUUGCCCGAUCAGCAGCACGUUUACUACUUGAACAGUGUUAAUGGUGGCCCGUUAGACUUGCCAGGGAUGAUGAUAUCAAAAAUACCAUUUACUCACCCAACCCACGUAGCUACUAUUCUGAAUCAUCUUCGACAGCAGUUGUUGUUUAAUGCCAUUAUCAGCAGCUGUAUUAGACCACAUGCCAAACGAGAUCUCGCCAGUUCUGUUGUGUUGGAUCUGACGGCUGUGUCAUUACAGCAAGUGUGCAUUGCCUUGGAGCACCCAGUACACGACUGCAUGGUGACCGUGGAAUUGGACAUCUCGGACAUCACCAACCUCAAGUGCAGGCUGCUCACAAGCAUCUCUGACCACCAGCUGUGCACCGAUGAUUUCGCUUCAAGAAUAUUUCAAAGGUGCAUGUCUAUUCCAAUCACACUGCGUUCCAUCAUCAAGAAGGGCAAAGAGCAGCUUCAGAAGAUAGCCGAGGAGCGCAUGGCCGCCCUCAAGCAGGCAAUGUGGCAGAGACAGAAGAAUCAGGCGGCAGCGGCAGCAGCUGCAGCAGUUUUGCACACUCCAGUUCUCCCAAAGUCAGUUCCAGUGAGUCCAGUCAAUGCUUACCCCGUAAACCAGCUUGACCAGCCAAACUUGACUCACCCGCCAGUAAAUCAAGUGCCACCACCAAAUCACCCACGCAUGAUGAACCAUCAUGGGCAGCAACAGCAGCAGCAGCAUCCAGUGAGCAUGCACAGUCCCAUGAACCAUCAGCAACACCCUGGUGUUGUUAGCCAACCACUGACUCACCAGACUCCCAUGGCUAAGGCACGGUUUCAUUCACUAGGCCCGCACCACAUGGGACAGUUACACAUGGAUAAUGUACCUGAGCAUAUGUACCCCAUGAGGACUGGGUCUAAUGAGAUGGUGUCACCACCUGGAGAUCGCACACCAAGUAAUCCCCUCUUGGCUACACUGCUGGACAAUGUGGAGGGCGAGCCACAACCCCAACCAGCUCCUGUGGUUGGAACGGGAUCGAUUGAGAUUUCAGAAAGUCCUAUGUUGUCAAAACUGCUUGAGGAUAACUCGUCCGUGGUUUCUUCAGCUGCUUGUUCAGGGUCUAGUGCUAUAGCUAAUGCCAGUAAAACUCCCUCUGGACCACAGAAGAGGGUAAGAAAAAGACGUUCGACUUCGGAUGUGUUUUCUGGGAGGAGUCCUAAGCAUAGAAUCGGUGAAAUUGAAGUAGGUGAUAGACUGUCUACAAUUGAUAUGGAAUCGAGUUGUAGUCCGUUUGAUAACUACCAGGCCAGUUUAGGGAUGACUUCAAAUUCUGGAAUGGGUGGUUCGAUAAUAGAUUUAACAGAGGAAUCGUUUGCAGAGUCCAGUCUCAAGAAAUUGGCGGAUAGUGUGGAUAGUUUUAUUCAGAAGGAGUCACGUCAGGGCAGUAACACGGAGAGUGAAUUAACAGCUCUGUUGUCCGACAGCGACCCUGGGCCGCCGCUCUCAAUGUCUUCAAGAAAUUCUUCACCAGGUUCAAAAAACGAGAAUGCCUCUACCUCCCUUGAGGAACUCCUCACUGGGUCGGGGGUAGGGAAUGAGGCCGAAGACCCAGUUUUUGCAGGUGUAGAUAAAGGCAGCAACAAAGGUUCUUUUUUAGGGCCAAGGACAUCGCCUAGCCACGCAGGUACAAGUCCACUCAGUGCAAUGACAUCACCAAGUCCUAUAGGUUUUAAGACGUCGCCUGCCUCCUUGGGAUCUCGAUCAUUAACGAGUCCAUUAAGGGGGAAAACGCCCCCGUUGGCGGCUAAAACUCCACCGCUAAGAGUGAAAACUCCUCCAACAGGGGUAAAAACACCACCCUUGGGAGCCAGAACACCACCACUGGUGACAAAAACACCACCUCUUUCAGUUAAGACAUCUCCCCCUUUGGAUAUAAAGCAAUCUCCUAGCCCUCUUCAUGAAUAUGCAUCAAAAUCUCAAAUGGAUGUGCAGUUUCAGAAUGAGUUGCAUGGAUCCACUGUGAAAGAUCGAAGUAAUCCUUUGUACAAAGCUAUUCUUGAUGGGCCGGAGUUGUGUGAUCAGGAUUCAAACAGUUCCUUCAAAGAUUGCUCAAAAGGUAUGGAGGUGAAUUCUUUAUCGGGUAGUGGACGGCAGAUAACAGGCAUAUUCGAAAAAUUUGAAAAUCUUGAAAACUUUUCUAGAAGUGAGCAGUUUGUGGAAAAGUGUGAAAAAAUCGAGGCCAUGUCUUCUAGUAUUCUCAAGUCUGAGGAAGGUAAGGUGAAGCUGAAGUUGUCAGCUCUCAGGAAUUCAAGCGGGUCUUUUUCUGACUCAUUCAGUAAAAGUCAGAUGAAGUCCAGUAAUGUUGGAACUUUUGAUUUUAAAAGUGACGAAGAUGAAGAUGACCCUCUACCAUCUCUUGGAAGUUCUGAUAGAUUGUCUGUGUACGCCGCCUCACCUACACGCUUGCAGAUCUCAAACAAACCGAAAAACAUGAUCGAUUCUUCUAUCCUACGAAAAGGUGAGAAAUACAAGAGAAAGGAUUCCAAGUACACUGCUAGUGGUGAUUCUGUAAAACGAAAGCGGAAAGAUGAAUCGAAAAAGGAAAGAAAAAAGAGGAAGAAUGACAAGUAUUCCAAUGUCGGUAACACUGUCUAUCACUCAACGACUGUAGAAACUGAUCAGAAGUCGAUAACGAAGCUUAAAAUUAGAGUUGGCAAAGAUAUACAUGUAAUGGUAGAAGCUAAUCUUUCGAAGUCCAAGAAACAAUUUGCCAGUGUGUCUGACAAAAUGGUUUCACCCAAGCUGGAGGUGGAAGCUUGUGAUAAUCUGGCAACCCUUAAAUCUCAGUCGUCGCAGAAAUCAUUUCAUGAGCUUUCGCCUGAAGAUGCAAGUCCCAUUCAAACUCACGGCAGCACAGUCACUAAAACUGAUCCAAAGCUUGCAAAGAAAACAACAAUUCGCUUAAAGCCACUCAACAUACCUAGUUCUUCGAUUACGGUUCAGACUGAGAAUAAACAGUCGGGGACACCUGACAAAACUCCAGCUUCUAUACAAAGUGUAUUAACAUUGUCAAAAACACUUGACGACAAGACCGUUCCCAAUGCUGUGAAGCAUGAUCUCUCUAGCACGAAUUUGCAAGAAAAAGCUAGCAUGCAGGCAGUGGAGGUUACAAAACCAGCCACAUCUGAGUUGACUACUAGUAGAUUCUCCACUAGUCCUUCAAAACGUAGCAAUGUGUCAUUAAACUCUUCAAGAGAUUCACCAUCGGUGAAGUCUUCACAGUCGUCCUCAUCAACAAAACCAAGUUCUGAGUCCUCCAAGCACAGUUCAUCAUCAGACAGGGUAAAACCACCCACAUCUCUGAAUUUGUCCAAGACGUCUUCAACCAGCAUGAAGAAAACACCAUCAUCAUCUAAUUCACCAAAAUUGCAAGGUUCUGUAAAAACAUCAUCUGCAUCCAAAAACCCAGGAACUCCCAAUAGUUCUUCAAAAGCAUCAUUAUCAUUAUCAUCCUCGGCGACAACAGCAUCAACAGCAUCGAAAACCUUUAGUCCUGUCAAGAAUUCUCCAGCUCCUAAUGCAUCAAAAUCAGCAUUGUCUCUAAAAUCAUCUCCUAGUUCUGGUUCCUCUAAAACAUCUUCAGGCUCUUCAAAGCCAAGCUCCGGCUCGCACAAAGCAACUUCCUUAAAAUUUCAGUCUUCAGGCAGUCCAGUCAAAUCCGUAUCUGGUUCUAAGUUGGGGCCAGGUUCCUCCAGAGGUACAAGCUCACUGAAGCCACUCUCAGCUGUUGGAAAGUCCCAAGCGUCAUCUCGAUCUCGGUCAUUAAACUCAAAAAUCCCCUCUACCUCAUCUUCUUCAUCUACUGUAGGGGCAACCAUUUCCAUGGCUACGUUUCUCGGUGCUCCCAGUGCCAGAAGUGUGGCCAGUCUUCCACCAAUACCUAAACGCUCAUCAAGUUCUGGAGGAGGAUCAGGCUCAAGUUCUGGAGGUGCUACUAACAUUUCAGUUGCAGGUUCUGCAUCGCAUGUGACAGUCCUCAACUGUAGCUCAAGUCAAGGCAACCUGGGUGCAGGUGCUGUCAGUAGUACAAGCUCAACGGCAACGGCUGUAAGUUCGGUAGACAGCAUCAACAUGCCUUUGUCAUCUUCAGGGACUUUCUCAAGUUCUGCGGACAAGGCCAAACAAGCUGCAGGAGGUAGUGGAGGUGGUUCUGCUGCUGCUAGGUCUAGGAAAGGAUCUCUUUCGGCUGUGAUCGAUAAACUCACCAAGUCAAGUACUGCUAGUGUCAAUGUAAGCAGUAUGGCGGAAAAAGCUGCCAAAGGACUUUCCAAUGAAAAUAAAUCUAAAGACAGGACUCUAAGUUCUGGUGAUAGUAGAAAUGUCUGUGGAAAAAGAAGUCUUGGCGAUGUUUCAGGUGAUAGGAAUCCUGCCAAGAAGACCUCCAAAUUCACAGGAUUCAAUAACAAGAUGGGUACAAGUGAAUCGGCUUCUCUGGUAUCUCAGUAUCCUUCUCCACACAACAAGUCUGUCUCCUCGUCCGACAGCAGCUCUCUUUCAGCCGCUCAUCCAAACAAUGUGCAUUCAAAAUUUGUGGGUAGGACUAGUCCUCUAACAAAAGUGAGUCCAGUAAAUAAAGAAAAUCCUGCCACCAAUGCUAGCCCUAAAGCAAGUUCGUUGGCACUGGGAAAGCAAUCCCAAAAGAAGAAUUAUACAGUGAAAGAAAAUUCAGCGAUACAGAUGGGUACGACAGGUUCUUCCGACAAAGUGGAGAGAACAGGGUCCAGUGAGAGUGCUAUAAAUAAGACUGCUUUCUCAAAAGAUGAUGUGAAAAGAAAAGAAAAGAGAAAUUCAGUCGAUAAAGUGUGUUCCAAUUCAACCACUACUGCACUGGACUUGAGUGCAAAGCAUGCUUUCAGUGUUUCGAAUAAUAAGAAAAAGUCUGGAAGUGACAAAGUUGACAAAGGCAGCAUAAAAAAUAGGGGUAGCUCCCCUUUGACUACAAAAAACAUACAGAAUGUGAAUAUGGAACGAAAGAGUCCAGUGAAGAAGUGCUCGUCUCCAGUGGUGUCAGUGACUACAAAAUUCAAUGGUGAUAGUGUGAAGGACAAGUCCAAGGAGGAGAAGGAACCGUUUAAAGUUCCCACUCCUACCCCGAAAGCUCCAGAGGUACGUGAUAACGAAGAUCCAUGUAACAUUACUCCUAAAAAACGGGUUUCUGUAAAAAGUAAACAGUAUAAUAGUAAGAGUCCAUGCAGCGACCCGGACAGCCCCGAAAACAGCCUCAUAAUAGACUGCCCAACCAGUCCUAAACAAGUUCACAGCAACGAACGUUCGCCGGACAAGAAAGAAACUGUUCCUGUGGAUUCGGCGGCCGAGGAGUUGAAACACCUGACUUGGAAAACGGUGGUGCCAAUCUCCCCCGUGCACAAAGUUCGUCAGUCGCCCACCACUUCACCCAAAACCAAAGUCAAUUCAAACCCAGGAUCGGUGGCAAAUAAUUCUCCAUGUGAAAUUGAUGAUGAUCUCAUGGACGAGGCACUGAUUGGGCUGGGAAGCUGAUGAGUUGCUGUUAGUCAUAUUUAUUGGUUUAUUUAAGUUUAAAACACUACAACUAUUGCCAUAAUCAUUACAAAAAUAUAUGUGUUUUCUUUUAACCAGACAGAAUGGGCUUCUUCUUCUUUUCUGUCCUUUUUUCCCCUUUUUUUCCUUCUUUUUUUAAUGAUUAUGAAUGUUCUAUCAUUACAUCUUUUAAUGCAGAAUGAUUUUUUACUUUUUUACUGCAUUAUCAACACUUUUGGAAACCGCCUUUUAACAGAAACAUUUUCUUAAUCCAAACUAUUUGAUAUUGAAGAAGUUCGAUUACAAAUAAAUGAAUGAAUGAAUGUUUUCUCAUUACAAAUAUGAAAGGUACAUGUAAUCAUGCAGUUCAUUACAUCAGAUUGCUAGCUCAGUAGCUGUUUCUAGAGAUGAAAGGUGUUUUGUUGAUAACAUUUACCAUACACAGUUUAUGUAUGCUAAAACCUCAAAUAAUUAAACUCUGUCCACUAAAAUGUUUGAUUAGAAAUAAUAUGUAGCUACUACAAAAAAGAAAAUUUAAUACAACCAACUAGUUUAGUAAACUGUUGCGGUUUGUGGGGGAGGGGGGGGGGUCUCUCUUUUUUCUUCUAAAUCUAUAUAUUAAUCCAUUUCUAUGACAUCACACUAUUGUGUUAACUAGAUUAAUUUUGAAUAAUGUAAUUUGAAAAAAAAUUCUGUUUGAGUAAGGAUUUGAACUUGCAGCUAACUAAACUCGUACAUCAUGAACAAAUGCAGCACUUUAUCCCAUACGGUCAUGCAUUUUCAUUAUUGAAGGAAUGUAAUUUUAAGUCUUAAAACCUAUUACUAGUGAAGGAAAUGAAUUAGGCUGGAAAAUGCACUAAAAAAUCUAGAUUCAUUAAAAGUAACUUAAAGUGAUUAAGUACUACAUGUAGUUUUACACAUGCAUGUAGAAGGAAAAUAAUAAAUUGAAAGCUUAAAUGCAUUGGUAUAUGACAAAGUGGAUUGUCCCCAAAUACCUCAAUAAAAAUGACAAAACUAUUUUUUUUAGCACAAAUGAUUGGUUUUUUAAUAUUAUUUACGGAACUAAUUAAAGGAAGAAUGUCUUAAAAUGAUAAAAUUUUGAGAUGCUGUGAAAUAGGUUUCAGUGGAUGUACAUGUAUCAUUGGUGGAUCCAGAGGUCGCAGGGUUCCCAUGAUCACGCUCCAUCCCUGCCUCCCACCCACAUCUUUUGAAGUACUUUAAAAUACUUUAUUUUCGCAGGAUUAAAUGUUAACGAUUUGUUGAAAAUUAAUCAAUUUGCAAGCAUUUAUUUUUCCUCUAGUUAAACAAAAAAAUGAAGUACUAAUAUCAAUACUUUUGAACCUGUAUGAAGUCGUUUAUUGUUUACAAUUAAAUACAGGGCUAGCUCUGGCACUUGCCAAAUUCGCCAAUUGCUAAUUUUUAAAAACAAUUGGCAAAUUUGAUUUUAAUUUGGCGAAAUAAUUUCAAGUAUUAAAUUACAAAAUAACUGGCUUUCUGUAAGUUUUAUAGAUAAUUUGGUGAAAUUUUCUGUUAAAACAUAGCUAGCCCUGAAAUACAGCAUCUUUCAUAAUCUUCAAAAUUGGGAUAUAAAUUUUUUUAAAUUUUAAAGUAUUUUACAGUACCCUUUUUAUUGACUUCUGCAAUAAACAACACUAAAUUACCAUGUAAAUGCAUCUCUAUGAUCAUCUAACUUCAAAUGUUUUGCUGGCAGCAUGUCCCUGAACCCAAUAUCAAAUCUCACUGUCAUUGGGGUCUCGGCUCAUUUGCUUAUGACAAACUCAAACUUGUGCUUUUUAAAAUUUUGUUUAUAAAUACAUAUGAUGCAGAUAUGAUGAAAGUACAUGAAAAUUAUGAUGAUUUUAUUAUGUAAUAUCAGUAUUAAAUGUAGCAUGUCAGUCCGUUGAUGUAGCUGUCACCAGUAUGAGUAUUUUCUGGGUUCUUUAGCCAAAUUCAGAUGCUAGAUCAUGAUAGUAUGUUACACAUUAGAGAUUAUUUCACAUCGGCCAACAGUCAAAUAUUUUAAAGUCAUUAACUAUGUUAUAUAGUGUCUGUAAUGAAACAAAUACUCUUUAAAGCCAUGGGACUUGGUUUCACUACUACUAUAAGAUGGGGUUUUUUUUAUUGCAGUAGAUAUUGUAGAGUUAAAUAUAUCUUUCAUCAUGGCUCAGACAUUGUUGAAUAAACAUUACUUUUUAUCCACCUGUGCGAAUUUGGUGAAAGCCCAUUCUGAAAAUGGACAAGAAUCUAUAAUAAUUUAGACUGCUGACACUUUCCUCAACAAUAAAAUCCACAUUAGUUAUGCCAGAAUUAUUAUUUAAGCUAAUAGCAGACUGUUUUCAACAUUUUCACACGGGUUUCAAAGCAUAUUUUGUCACUAUCUCCAUAUGCUCAGCUGAGUUUUACUGCAUCCUAUUAAAUUGAAGCGUUUCUGAAAACCUGGCUAUGUGUGCAAUGGGGUGCUUAUGGUGUAACAUCAACGCUCAUGGAAUGGCACCCUUGCCUCGUUAAAAUAAACUACCUUUCGGUCCAAAAGAAACAUUUUGGUACUUUUAUCAACAUUUAUUUUUCCUUUUUACACUGGCAUUAACCACCGUCACCAACCAACUGUCCCUUAGGCAUUCAGGGCCAAAUUACGAAGCCUAUUUUUCUUAAAUGUAGGUGUUUAAGCAUUGUAAAUGUACGUAGUUACAUGCAUGUAAAACAGGCUUUGUACUCUGGUCAUAUCAACAAGUGAAAAGACUGGAUAUGUUUUGACAUGCCUGUUCGGGGAACAUUUUGUGGAAUAUCAGGUCGCAAUUUGCUGAGAGAUCUUCAGUUAAAAAGUUAAAGUUUUACUUAAUAACAACACUAGAGCAUGAUAUUGCUAUAUAAUUUGCGGAGAGAUAGUUGAGUUAAAGUUGGGUUUUUUUUUUAACAAAACUAGAGAACAUUGAUAUAUUAAUCACUGGCUAUUGGAUAUGAAACAUUUGGUAAUUUUGACAUAGUUUAGAGGAAAUCUGUAAUAUUUUUCCAUUAGC